AUGAGAGGAACGGCACCUGUCACGGCUCCCAUUGACGAGUCGAGUGAUCAAGUAACGCUGCUGUCCGCGCCACGAUUCAGUGCCGACAGCUUAAAUACAGUGACAAGUACAAGAAGCAGGACUGAAAUCCCCACUGGCAGCGUCAGCGGCCACAACACGGUGGUGAUUGUGUCCAAGGAUGAUGAGGACGCUCAAGAAGGACCAUUGGUGUCAUUCUUCCGCGUCUUGUACGAAUUCUCAACUCCCUCCGAUCAUGCGUUGCGCAUCAUUGGUCUCUGCGCCGCGAUUACAUCAGGAGCCGCACUCCCCUGUAUGACGCUGGUGUUUGGCUCGUCCAUCAAUGAGCUUAAUUCAUUCGGCUCCGGCAAACAAUCACCCAGUGCCUUGUACCAUGCUCUCUCUCACAAUGCGCUAUGGUUCGUCUACCUUUUCAUCGCCCGCUACGUGCUCGUCUACAUCCAUUCAUCAUGCUUUGGUGUUUCGGGAAUAAGAGCCACUAGGGCCUUUCGCCAGCAGUUCAUCAAGUCUGUGAUCCGACAGGACAUUGCCUAUAUUGAUUCGUGCUCUCUCGGAGGCAUCACCACGACCAUCUCUUCCAACGUGGAUAUGGUCGAAAACGGAAUUACAGAAAAGAUAGGCAGCUUGAUUCAAGCUGUUUCGAUGCUGGUCGCCGGUUUUGUGGUUGCCUUCACUCAGCAAUGGAAGCUAACCCUUGUGACGGCCACCACUCUGCCCGUACUAUUCGCCGGAUUCUAUAUUACCUUCAGCCUCGACGCCAAAAUUGAGGGCAAGAUUAUCGAAGUCUACAACUCCGCUAGUGGCCUGGCCGAAGAGGCCAUGAGCAGCAUGCGCAUGGUCACGGCACUCAACAUUGGGAAAAGAUUGGCCCAAAAGUACGAUAACCCUCUUGCAGAAGCUCAGAGGCUUGGUCUUACAAAGGGCCCUAUUAUUGGAUUUCAAUAUAGCGUUGAGAUGUUCACCACUUACUGCGCGUACUCUCUGGCUUGGUAUUACGGCACCAAACUCCUGAAUGAGGGUGAGAUAGGCUCUGGCGGUGGUGGUAUGAUAACAGUAUUGUUAUCUGUUCUGCUGGCAACCCAAGCUGCAUCCGAUGUCGCCCCAGGCUUCAGCGGCUUCACCAGAGCAUCGGCCUCGGCAAGGGAAAUGUUCAAGAUGGUGGACCGCCCAUCCAAAAUUGAUCCGCUUGUAGAAGGAGGAUAUAAACCGGAGGGCCCUCAAGACAGUAAAGUUGAGCUGCGUAAUAUUACGUUUGCCUAUCCUUCACGACCGACCCUGCCAAUUCUCAAAGACUUUAACAUCAGCUUUGAGGCAGGUAGGACUACAGCUUUGGUUGGCUCGUCUGGAUCUGGAAAAAGUACCAUUGUUGGCUUGAUUGAGCGUUGGUUCGACCCAGACUCCGGAUCAGUACUUGUGAGUGGUCAUACCGUUACUGAUUUGAACGUGCGAUGGUUGCGUAGCCAAAUUGGCUUGGUGCAGCAAGAGCCUGUCCUGUUCAACGAUUCAAUUUAUAACAACGUGGGCCAUGGUCUAUACGGUACCAGCAUGGACUCACUGCCUGAGGCCUUUGCUGACGACUUCAUUCAGGAUCUUCCUGAUAAAUAUGAUACCCUCGUUGGCGAGCGCGGCCAACUCCUCAGUGGCGGUCAGAAACAACGCAUUGCCAUCGCCCGUGUCGUCAUCUCCAACCCUCGCAUUCUUCUUUUAGACGAGGCCACGUCGGCCCUAGAUCCCACCGCGGAAAAAAACGUCCAAGCCGCUCUGGAUAAUGUCUCUAAAUCCCGCACCACCAUCAUGAUUGCCCAUAAGCUUUCCACUGUGCAGAGAGCUGAUAAGAUUAUUGUUCUCUCUCAUGGCAAAGUUAUCGAGCAAGGCACCCAUCAACAACUCCUGGCGGACAAGGGCUCAUAUCAUAAACUCGUCCACUCGCAGACGCUGGACACCAACGAUGAAGCUAUGCACGUCUUCAAAGAUUCCCAGUGUGAUAAGCGUGCUAUUGGAUGCGUAGCUAAGACAGACAAUGAGCUGCCCGCACUGCGGCCAUCUCGCUCGGUUUCGAGAUCUGGCACAGACACCGUCCCAGUGUCCGAAGUUAAUGUUAAGCCAAGGCCCUCAAUAGUGGAACAAAAGUCCGAGGAUGCUGAUAUCAUCAAAAGGCUCUCACUGGUCCGUUGUAUUGCUAUCAUCAUUUUCCAAGAGCAGCGACACUUGUGGUUUCUCUUCUUGGCCGGCGUGAUAUCAUCCGCCGGUAGCGGUGGCGCUUUUCCUGCGCAGGCCAUACUCUUUGGCAAGAGCGUUUCCACGCUGCAACUGCCUCGCGGCCAGAAUCUUAUUGACAGGGGUAAUUUCUGGGCACUCAUGUAUUUCGUGUUCGGCCUCGGCGUUUUGGUGGUCUACUGGGGAGUUGGCUUUUGGUGGACGGUGGCCUCGUUCCGCGCAACCCGUCAGUAUCGACGUGAAUAUUUUGAGUCCAUGAUACAUCAAGACGUUGCCUUCUUCGAUUUGAAGGGCCACAGCGCCGCAGAAAUGACGAGCCGCCUCUCCAUGCACCCUCUCCACCUACAGCUACUGUUGUCAACCAACGUAGCCCUGAUCCUGCUCGUAUUUUUCAACGUCAUAGGGUGCUGCAUCCUAUCCCUAGUGGUUGGAUGGGAACUCGCACUCCCUGUCAUAGCGCUGGGUGUGCCACUUUUGUUCGGAGCUGGCUACUUUAGGAUGCGCAUGGAGAUGAGCAACCAAGAUCGCGUGACAGCGAUAUACCAGGAAGCCGCUCGCUUCGCUUCUGAAGCGGUAGGGGCCAUUCGGACCGUGUCAAGCCUCGCUCUCGAGCAUAAAGUCAUUGAUGAAUACGAGAAAAGACUGAGUGAAUCAGCAAAACUCGAAAUGCGUCAUAAACUUCUCAGCAUGCUUCUAUUCGCUUUUAGCGAGAGUAUCAGUCUCGCUGUCUCCGCUUUCUCGUUCUGGUAUGGAGGCAAGCUUUUGUCUGAGGGCAAGUGCAGUGUUGCCACUUUUUUUAUCGUUUUCAUCGCCAUUAGCAUGGGGAUGCAGACUGCCGGCUUCAUGUUCGGAUUCACCUCUGAUCUCUCCGAGGCACAUUCAUCGGCCAACCAUAUUAUCGACCUUCGCAGGUCUAACCCACCUAUUAAUGGGUCGAUAGGAGAUUUUCAGGUGCCCAUAUCAGAGAACGGGACUGCAAUUGAAUUCAAGGAUGUGUCCUUUUCUUACCCCAGUCGCCCCGACAUUCCAGUGCUGCGCAACAUCAGCUUCAAAAUCAAGAAAGGCGAGUCUGUUGGCAUUGUCGGUGCAUCAGGGUGUGGCAAGAGCACUAUAAUUGCCCUUCUGGAGCGAUUCUACGAUGUAGAACUAGGCAACGUUCUAAUUGGCGGCGCCCCAGUGCAGCAGUUAGACGUACAGAAUCAUCGUUCACGUUUAGGCUUGGUAUCCCAGGACACCACAUUGUACCAAGGGUCUAUUCGUGACAACAUAUUGCUAGGACAACUACCUAGUCAAGCUGCCAAUGUUGAAUCGGAAUUGGGGAUGAAAGGCGACGAGGCAAUCAUUCGUGCCUGCAAGUUAGCUCAUAUUCACGACUUCAUUAUGAGUCUUCCAGAGGGUUACCACACCAAUAUUGGUAGCCAUGGCAUGUCACUCAGUGGAGGCCAGCGCCAACGUCUUGCCAUUGCACGAGCCCUGAUCCGUGAGCCAGACAUUCUACUAUUUGACGAGGCAACUAGCGCUCUUGAUACGGAAAGCGAGGUUCUGGUUCAACAGGCCUUUGAGGCUAUAACACACAAGAAUGACUUUCGAACUGUCAUCUCAGUAGCCCAUCGGUUGUCUACAAUAAAGCAGUGUGAUCGCAUCUUUGUGCUUCACCGCGGACAAGUAGUGGAGGAGGGCACACAUGAUGAUCUCGUAGCACGUUGUGGCCGCUACUAUGAAAUGGUCUUGGCACAAACUCUCGACACAGAGACUCCUUGA